CUUCAGAAUACCAGUUGUCUCAGGCUUUUACUUUGUGUAGUUGAAACUCCGGAAUGGCUCUCAAGGCUGAAAUCAAGUCUUUAAAAAAUGAGGUUGCUAAAGAAGCACCAUCGAUCAUCCACAAAGCUGGCAAGCCUUACACUACAAAAGUUGUCUCCGUGGACACUCUUGUUGGCCCCAAAGGCGGGCUUGGAGAGAUUUGUCAUAUUAUACUUGAUCAUGGAGGCCAAUUUCAUUUCGUGGAAGGCCAAUAUCUUGGAGUAAUUUUACAUCCGGAUGAUGAUGAUGAUUCAUUGCAUACCCCGUUUCGCGUUAUAAUUCACGCUUUCUCCAUUGCAUCAUGCAGAGAUGGAGAUUCUUUUGAUGGUAAGAAGCUCAGUUUGUGUGUUCGUCGUGCAGAACUAUCACCACACGAUGCCAGUAACUUCCUCUGUAACCGUAAAGAAGGAGAUGAAGUUGAUAUUAUAGUUCCUGGAUAUACUUGGUGGUUGGAUUCAGCUGCUAGAACUCACAUAAAUGUAUCAAUGCAGGGUUGCCUGAACUGUCGAACACCGAGUGAUGGUGAAAGAUACAUCUAUAUGGGGACUUGA